UUCGACACUGAAACACUCAGAUUAUUCGAAGAAAAUUUGGGCACCAACAAAGAUUUCACAUCCGUCGAAAAUCUAUGCUCUUUUCUACUGAAGAGAUAUCAACUGUUAUCCACAAUAAAACAAAAGCCCACAAUUUUCGAAAACAAAAAUAAUUUUACUCACCCGCAACAAAAAAAAAAUCGUUUCUCGUAUCUGCUACCGCAAAACCCAAUUGCAUUCUCUGUAAGGGUAAACAUAGACUAUUUGCUUGCGAGAAAUUCAAGCAAUUCGAGGUCGAAAAACGAAUUGAUUUUGCAAACAGCAAAAAUUUAUGUCUAAACUGCUUGUCACAUGGAAACAGUUUACAAUGCAAAAGUAAAUUGCAUUGUUUCGAGUGCAAUGGCCCGCAUCAUACAUUGCUUCAUAAAAAUUCUCCAAUAAAUUCUAAUUUUGCAACUAAACAAAAAAAUUCGCAAAAAACAUAUACGGUCAUACUAGCCACUGCACUAAUCAAGGUGAACAAUAAGACCGGCGGUCAAGUUACCAUCCGAACGUUAAUUGACCCCGGUUCACAAAUUUCAUUUAUAACCCAAGCCGCAGCAAAUAAGCUGGGAUUGCAAAAAUACAAUGUAUUGGCAAAAAUCACAGGUAUUGGCGGCAUACAUGCUGCUACAAUAAGAAAAAAGAUUAAUGUGCACAUUUCGUCAACGUACGAAAAUAAGUUUAACUUAUCCACUGAUAUGCACAUAAUGCCGUCAUUGAACAUGACACUGCCAGAAAAAUCCAUGAAGUUGGAAAGACCGACAUGGGUCAAUACUCUGCAACUUGCAGAUCCGAACUUUGAAAAUUCAAUGAAUAUCGAUGCAAUACUAGGGGCCGAUGUGUAUGAGCACAUCGUUGAGCCCGAAAUUAAAAAAGGAGAAGUUCUUCUUGCCCAGAAAACCAAGCUGGGCUGGGUUUUAUUGGGAAAAAUGCCAAUAAUAACAAAUAACUUGAUCAAGGCAUCAACUAAGGUGCUGGUUAUAGCCUUUCAAGUACUUGAUCAAGUAUUUUUUUCAAUUCACUACAGAAGCUAAGGUAAUAAACUUAAGCUUGUCAAAUAUGAACUAAAGUAUGCGUAUUUAACUAUACUAACGAUUUCAAUCGAAAAAAAAUCCAGACAUAUCACACACAAUAUAAUAAAUCCAAUUUGGUUUUUUCUUGAUUAGAAAAUCAUUUUCCUGAUCAGCUGAUUAUUUUUGAAUGUUUCCUUUUUCAACCGUUCCACUGAUAGUGUACCUGUCAAGAAAGUUUUACUGAUCGUUUAUAACCUCAAAGCGUUUUCGGGAUUAUUAUUUUCUUAAACGUUUUCGGCAAAAAAAUAUCGAAAUAGAUCGGAAAAAUAGGAAGCGUCGAUCACAAGAGGCCCGAAAUAUUAAAAUUGAAUUCGAAACCAUACUCAUAAUGGAAGUCGAAAGCCGUCAAUGCUUAUAUGCAAAAGACAAAGAAGAUUACAAAAAUAAAACGAAGCGCGAAGACGCGUGGAAGGACAUCUCCAGCAUUCUAAAUAGAAGUGUUUCAGAAUGUCAAUCGAAAUGGAAUAUACUUCGAGACAGUUUUCGCGGCUACUAUCGUUCGUUAUGCAAUACUCCAAGUGGAUCGGGGGCAACAGAGACCGUAAAAUGGCCACACUUCAAAGCGAUGAUGUUUUUGAUUCCAUAUAUUCGUGUGCCAGAAGAUGAUUGUGGGAAUCACUCGAACAACUCGCCAGAACUAUCCGCUAAUACGAUUUUGCAAAGCGAAGACAACUCUCGUGACUCCGAAUACCACCAACCAGGCAAUUUGUUUGCAAAUAAUAAUAGCAAAAGAAAGAGAGAUUGUUUCGACGAAUCACCGAUGGUCGAAUCAAUGGAUCAAUUUUUUGGAGAAGAAGGUUAAAUGCACUUCGACUCAUACGGAAGUAUUCAAAAAAUUUCAUGGGGUAUUUCACCAAUCUGUUUAUUAACGUGAAAUAUUUACCGUAUUUUCUUCUUUCCAUAUUUAGCGGAUGUACUUGAUACUUCCUGGCUCUUUUAUAUUUUCUUCGAAAACAACAGAGAAUUGCUAAGUACAUUAAAUAUUUUCUCCUAUUUUGUACUCGCAUAUUGAUUUUCCUUUGUACUUUUCACUAGGUACUUGGAACCACAACAGUUCUUUUCAACUGACAGAAAAUUGACAAGCUAUAACCGGCAUUCAAGUAAAAUGAUCAACAAUUGCACUUUUCCAUUUGUUCCAGAAAUUUUUGUCAAGUUCUUGAAAGGCUAUAACCAGCGCCUAAGACUAAACAGAACAGACCCGCUCCAGUUAGCAAACAACAGACCACAAAGAACAUGGGUGGCGGCCAAACCAAACAAGUCGACAAUACCGGCGAGGUGAUAAAUUCAGUAAUAGUUAACCCGGUAGACGUCCAGUCAAAACAAAUUGAACUUAUCUUAAUCAUAUUAACAUCGCUUGUCGGCAUUUCCUUUGGAUAUCAGAUCUAUAAGGACUAUCGCAGGAGCCUGAAAAAGAGAUACAUAUCCAACAUAUCCAACAUAAUCAGCUCGGGCAGUGCUAAAUCUCCACAGGUAUAACCCUGAAUCUUGAGAAAUGAUGCUUUGAGGCCAUUUUUAAA